GGAAGUUCAUCUUCCUCUUCCAUCACUGUAGAAUCUUCACCUCUUCAACAGCACACUGGCCAAAUGUGAUUGCAAUACAAAAGGAUGUUGAAUCCAUCCAGUCUGUCGCAGAGGAAAGUCAGUGAGGAGGACAGCUCUGGCUCUGAGGCAGGGUCAGAUGUCAGUCUGGAGCCUGAGACAGACAGGUUUGGUUUCAUUGUGACCAAUGGAUCCACAGCUGGGAGCGUGGGCCCAUCGCCUGAGCUGGUCAGGCAGCGGGAGGCCAAAUGGAUAAACAUUAUUGGGCAGUGGGAUCGUAUCUUGAUGAAGAAAAGCAGCAAGGUUAAAGUGCAGUGUCAGAAAGGAAUCCCUGCCUCACUGCGAGCAAAGUGCUGGCCUCUGCUGUGUGGAGCCUCUGAGCGGAUGAAGCAAAACAACGAACUAUACAAGUGUCUGGAUUCACAGCCGGGGCUGCAGAGCUGGGUGGAUAUCAUUGAGAGAGACCUGGACCGGCAGUUCCCUUUCCAUGAGAUGUUUCUUUCGAAGGAUGGACAUGGGCAGCAAGGUUUGUUCCGGGUUUUGAAAGCCUACACCCAGUACCAACCACAGGAGGGUUACUGUCAGGCACAGGGACCGGUGGCUGCAGUGCUGCUCAUGAACAUGCCUGCUGAGGAGGCCUUCUGGUGUCUGGUUCAGAUCAGUGAGCAGUACCUGCCUGGAUAUUACAACCCUCUGCUGGAGGGAGUCCUGUUUGAUGCCGCCCUGCUGACCUGGGCUUUGAAGAAGAUGUGCCCAGCUGUUCACAAGCACCUGCAGCACCACGGGGUGGAGCCACUCAUGUUCGCCACAGACUGGCUGAUGUGUCUGUUCACACGUCACCUGCCCUUCAACACGCUGCUCCGAGUCUGGGAUCUCUUCUUCUGCUAUGGGGUGCGGGUGCUGCUACAGGUUGCAGUGGUGCUCGUGCGACGGGCGCUGGGUCGACCUGACCAGAGGAAGAAGUGUCAGGGUCAGGUGGAGACUCUGGAGAUCUUGAGGGGAAUCAGGGACCAGAUCCAAGAUGAGGAUGAUGCCUUCAUAGCAGAGGUGUGUUCGGUGCCACUCUCAGCCAAAGAUCUAGACAAGAGGAUGGAAAAGGAGUUACAAAAGUGGAGAAAUGACAGACCUUCGUCCACCUUUGACCCCAGAGGUCGGUGCCAGGGAUACAGGAUGGCGUGGGCAACAGUUCGACAGAGCCAAGAAGAGCAGGACAGGAAAGAAAGGGAAACAGGAAACCUGUCUGUCCCUUUGGCUCGUUCAGCCUCCACCCUCUCGCUGUCUCCCUCACUCCUUCACAAAAGGUGGAGAAAAGGGAGCAAAGUCAACAUCAGUGAAGGAGACGGAGGCAGAAGAGUCGUGAGGCAUCUCUCAAUGGGAGCAAAGGAGGACUGGAGAAGCUGGACUGACCUGAAAGUACAAGAUGUUCAUGAGGAGGAGGACAUGGUAUCAGAGGGGCACAAAGCAGAGAGUGAGUCCACAGUGAAGACACAAACAGAGCAGAAGAAAAGUAUGAAGGAAACCGAAAAGACGGCUGAAAACCUGUUUUCAGAGCCUGCAGUCAAAAUAGUAAUAAACAAAGAACAGGUUGAAUCGGUGGAAAUAAGAUUGCCUGAAAAGGAGGAGAGUGAACUUAAAGAGACAGAGAAGUCCAAGGAAAAAACAUUUACACAUCCAAUUAAAAAUCAAGAUGGAGAUGAAGAUAAUCCAACAGCAGAAACGUCUUACUGCGGACCAGAAGAGGAAAUAGACACAGAGAGCCAGUUUCAAGUGCUGGAACAAAAAAAUCAUGAAUGCAGUGACACAGAGGCGGAGGUUAAAGACACAAAUAAAAAGACAGAAAAACAGGAGGCUGAAAAUGAACCUGCUGCAGAGGAUGAGGACAGUGAGACACCCGAAGGAGCGCAUGAAGGUACAAAUACAGGGGUGGUAAUGCAAGAAAGUGGAAGCUCAAGCAAGGAACAGGUAAUGCAGGCUGACAUGAAACCACAGGAGGGCACAGAAACUAGACAUCUGCUGGAGGGGCAGACUGACUCAGUGGCUGAAGUAUCAAAAACAGAGACAAGGCUGGACUCAAAGACUAACGAAGAUGGAAUAGAAUCAACAGACAAAAAACCCCCGAAGAAGAUGGAAACACAACAGGAACACGAAGAAGUGAUUACAGAGAAAGAGUUAGAUUUAUCUAAAGAAAAAUAUCAAAGUAGUGAGUCACUGGAAGAACCACAGGAGGCAGAGUCCCACACCCAAACCAAAGCUGGCACCUAUGAACUGGAACAGACUGAAGAACAAACAGAAAACAAUGCAGCUAUGCAGGAAACAUUGAUGGCUGAAAUAACACCAGCAGAUUCAGAGAAACACUCAAAGACACAAGGGGAAUCAUUACUGUCUUCAUCAGAAGCGAUCCAAGAAAAACAAGACUCUGACUUUCAGAAUGAUGGAGAAAUUGAAGCUGAACUGCUAGACGUUAAAGACAAAAUGAAAGAACCAAAUGAGGCCAAAGCUGGAACAUCAGAACCGGAGAAACAAGUCAUCAUUUUGACGGAACACUCAGAUAUUCUGACUGAGAGUGAAUCACCCGCCUGCGAGAAAUCAGUCACAGAGGAAACGCCAAAAGAAGCUCAGGCUGCAGACUCUGUCAAACCCACACAACAGGAAGAGACUUUGACUCAGAGCAUUAGGGUCGAUCUGGUCGACACUCCUGAGCUCGAAGCACCAGAGGAACCAAUGAGUGAGGUCGCUUUGAGUUCUGCAACGGAAGAAGAAAGUCUUCAGGAAGGCCCAGCUGGAGAGAGCAAUGCUUUGACUUGUGGAGAAGCAACAGAUGGUCCUAUUCCUGACAACAGUCCACAAUCCCAAGACAAAGAUGCUCAAUCUAUGGAUCGAAUUCCUAGCAAUACUCAUGCCCAAGACAAAGAUGGUCAAUCUAUGGAUCCAGUUCCGAGCAAUACUCAUGCCCAAGACAAAGAUGCUCAAUCUAUGGAUCCAAUCCCUGACAACAGUCCACAAUCGCAAGACAAAGAUGCUCAAUCUAUGGAUCCAAUCCCUGACAACAGUCCACAAUCGCAAGACAAAGAUGCUCAAUCUGUGGAUCCAAUUCCUAGUAAUACUCAUGCCCAAGACAAAGAUGCUCAAUCUAUGGAUCUAGUUCCUAACAGUACUGAUUCCCAAGACAAAGAUGCUCAAUCUGUGGGUCCAAUCCCUGCCAACAGUCCACAAUCCCAAGAUAAAGGCGCUCAAUCUAUGGGUCCAAUCCCUGACAACAGUCCACAAUCGCAAGACAAAGAUGCUCAAUCUGUGGAUCCAAUUCCUAACAGUACUGAUUCUCAAGACAAAGAUGCUCAAUCUGUGGAUCCAAUCCCUGACAACGGUCCACAAUCCCAAGAUAGAAGUGCUCAAUCUGUGGGUCCAAUCCCUGACAACAGUCCACAUACCCAAGACAAAGAUGCUCAAUCUAAGAAAGAGCAGUCUGAAUGUAGCAACAACAGCUCAGUGCAAGCGUCUGGUCACCACAGCAGCCGGUUUUCUGGAGACUUCUGUGUCCGCAAGCCAUCCAGCUCACGUGGAUCUAAGUUAACACGAAGGCUCUCUGAAGAUCUGUUCACCAGCCCUCAGAAAAAAACCCAAACAGAGAUAAUCCCAAAUCCAGUGGCGUCAAAAACCACUCCUGCAGCAGGAAAUGUAACAAAAACUGCCCCAGAUGUCACACUUCCAACAGAAGACGUCACAGCACAGGAGAAGCCACUUCCCCAACCUGGCACCCAAAAAAGUUUGGGCCUCUUUAGCAGGCUGAUACGAAAACAGCCCGGAAACACCAAGAAAAAGGGAACACCCAAAAUGCAAGUGCCAAAAAUUUUGAUUCAAGACUUCAGUGAUUAUACGGAGGCUGAGAAACCGGUCGAGGAAGGAGUGAAGGAGAAACUGACCUCCAAGGAGAGGAGGAAGAUACGAAGAGAGAGAGAAAGAAGGGAAAAAGAUGAGGAGAGAUUAAAAAAAAAGAAAGAGAAAGAUGAGAAGGAGAGGGCUCAAGAGAGGAGGAAACCCCAAACAAGAGGGAAAAGUUUUCAAGUGCAAAAAGAGAAGGAUAAAAAUGAUGCCACUCCAAAGACCAAAACAGACUCAAAGAUGCCAAAAUUUUCUGCUACUUACGCAGAAGCUUACUUUUGACAAAGAAAAAAGCGUGAAGUCAGUUUCAAAUCAUUUUUGCUUUUGUUUUAGUGUCAUUCUGGUUUAUCCUCUGCCACCUUGAGCAAGAGACUGAACAUGAAAUUGCCCCCAAUGGAGGUAAAAUACUUUGCAUAGCAGUCGUCAGUUGGUGUGUGUGUGUGUGUGUGUGUGUGUGUGUGUGUGAGUGUGACCAACUUUGCAAAGCACUUUGAGAUUGCUGUGAUAAUGUGCUCUAUGAAUAAAGUCCAUUUACCAUUUGAUAUGUGAAUAAUAAAUAUUUCCAAACUUUCAAAUAUAAGUUUGUUUUAUUU